AAUAAUAGAGAAUCUAUAAACUUAGUUGAAAAUAUUUCAACUCUCACACGUGAUGAUGGUGUACGAUAUGAUACUAUUCUUGAAAAUGAUGUUUAUGAUUAUUCUCAACAAAAUGAUCAAGAAGAUGAACUUGAACAUAAAUGUGUGUUUGAAGUGGAAGAUGAAUCUGAAUUAGAUCAACCCGAAGAGAGAGAAGUCAAUUUUGAUGAACAGGUUUACGAAAAUGCUCCAAUAACAGAACGCAAAAAAAGGGAAAAUACAUUAUUAUUAGGUCUUUGGUAUGGAGACAAAAAGCCUAAUAUGAAUUAUUUUUUUCAUGUGUUUUAUGAUGAUCUAAAGAAACUUGUCAAUGGUAUUGAGGUUUACAUACCAUGUCGGAGAAUUAAUAUUACAGUCAAGGGUAUUCUUUUGUUGGGCACUUGUGAUUUGCCUGCUAGAAGCAUGAAUUUUACAUUAGAAACAGGUGGUAAUGUUCACGUAUACCCAUAUACUAAUAAUAUUGAGAAAAGAACAUUACAAAAUUGCAGAUCAUUUGCUGACAAUGCUUCAAGAGAUGCACCAAUAAUGGGAAUCAAAGGUCCCACAGCACUUUCACUGAUUAUGCCUGAUUAUGUCAUGGGGAUGGCCAUUGAUAGGAUGCAUUGUGUAGAAGGUGGUGUUACUGUGUACAGAAUCUUGGACCAUUGUGGGUAUAUUCUUGUUUCGAAUAUGAGGAUAUAA